AUGGGAGCGAACAUCGUUGAAGAAGCUGCUCCAAAGAAUAAGAAAAGGAAGAAACCUUUUGGAAAGAGUAAGGAGCAGAACAAGAAAAAAUUCAAGGGCAAUUGCUAUAAUUGUGGGAAAGCUGGCCACAAAACCCCAGAUUGUCGUCUCUCAAAAAAGGACAAGGGAAAGGGACAAGCCAAUAAGGUGGAGAAGAAUGAUGACAUGGAUGAUCUGUCAUUUGCAACCUACGCUCCCACUAGACCCGAAGAGGAACUGUUUAUGAGAAAUACUGCAACAGCUAAGGUUGAAGGAUAUGGGAAGAUACUUCUGAAGAUGACUUCCGGCAAGGUGUUGACUCUCAACAACGUUCUGCAUGUUCCAACAAUUAGGAAGAAUUUAGUUUCAGCCGGUCUACUCGUCAAAAAACGGGUUUAA